AUGAAAUUAGAUGAAUCAGACUUAAAUAAAAUACCAAUUUCGCAAAAUUUUACGAAUCUACAAACUGAACUUAUGAUGUCAGUUUUGCAAAAUUGUACGAACUGUGCUAGUUUUGUAAAAUGA